CAAGAACAAUGCUACAUUUAUCCCUAUCAUGCUAGCGAAGUCGAGUGAAGCAGAUUGAUCCAACUCUAAUCGAGACCUAGUGAGCGGAAUUGAUCGGGAAUGCUCGCGACCAAGUGAUUUGGACCCAGUUUGCUACCUUCAGGAAUCCAGGCGCUACUGAUUCGGAACAGCUUAGAUCAGGACAGUGAUCGGGAACCGAGCGGGACUGAUCGGGAACAACUUACAUCACGUGCUUUAGAUCCAUCCACUUUUCGGAACGAGGAGGAAUUGAUUGGGAACAGGUGAUAUCAAGUGAUUCGGAUCCUCCUACGUUCCUGAACGAAGCGGGAUUAUUUCAGAAUAAGAGAGAUCAAGUGAUUCGGGUACAUCAACUUUUCUGAACGAGACGAGGUGGAAUAUUUAUUGAUCGAGAGCAGCCGAGAUCAAGUGAUUCGGAUCCAUAUACCUUCCGGAGCGAGGUGUAAUUGAUCGAAGACAACUGAUAAUCUUUGGAGAGUGAUCCAAAGAAACUUAACUAAUUAUUAAGAGAUAAAGAAGAAGCGAUGUCGAAGAAAAACAAGGCACCAGAUAUUCAAGUGAGAAGUGGAGUCUUGUCCUGCUUUAAUUACAAAAAGAAGACUCUGCUGCAAAAGGAAGCAUACGAAUUGUCGCCAAUGUACUGGAAAUGCUUCCGCCAGGGGACCAGCGGAACUGUGAUCAUGCAGGGACAUCGGAGUGAGAUGUCCAACAAAGGCAAACCUCGGGUCAGCAUGGUUGUCAACGGCUGCACGACCGAACUGCUGCCACCCAUCCUCAAGUCGAAGGGCACAGAUUACGCGGGAAACGAUAACUACCUGGGCAUCCAAGCAGAGGACGACAAGAUUGUGUUUCUGAAAGCUGAAGGGAGAUCGCAACGUGACUUGUGGUAUAAUGACAUCAUAGAAGCACUUGGCGAUCGAGCUUCAACGACCACGAAUACGAUGGCGUCGAUUCCCGAGCAACGGUCACCGAGUCAAGAACGACCUCCGAUGAUACCUCUAGAGGAUACGCUCGACAACGACAAUCUUUCCCUGGGUGGCAAAGCGUCAGGCCAGUCUGACGUGUACACGGUGCCUUAUCAGGACUAUGAACCGAUGCGAUGUUCUGUCUCUACCGACGAUGACGGAUGCUCUUGGACGGGUACCAAGCCUUCACCAUCGAUAACCACGAAACACAAUUCGCCGCCCAUCGUUUCCGAUGUCGGUGAAGAAGAUGGACUCGUUUCCGAGCAGGCCGAUCUAGAUGAGGAUGGGUACGUCUUUCCCAGUGUCUUUGCUAAGAAGACCAUUGACGCUGAUGUGGUCGAGGAUGCCCCGUCGAAUGGGAGUUCGCUUUCAUUGUCGAAGACCUCACCGUUGAACGUUCCCCGUUUGCCCGAAGCGAAGCCGUUGUUGCCCGAAGCGAAGCCCUUGUUGCCAGCGGCGGUGGACGAUCGACCAGCCAUUUCAUCUGACUUCCUCGAGAGUCUGAAACACGCGCAAGAGAGUAAGCCGCGCCCCUUCGACGGUUCCCCUGAAAAGCCCCGCUAUACCGCUGUAACUCGUCGAACCAAACCUCCGCUCCCGGAAACUCCGCCGAAGAUGCCUCUAGCGAUUCCCAAGGAGCUCAAGCAGCCGACCCUUGAGACGAAAAGUGCUACAGAGGAGAACGUAUCGCCGGCGAAGAGUCCAGUCAAGGCGGUAAAGACGCCAGAGCGGGAGCCGGCGAGAAAGUCUCGGCGGAAGCCUUUGAAGAUGCCCCCACCAUUACCUGCUGGAGGAAACUCUAAGCCAAGGUCUAUCAUUGGAAACAGCAGCAAUGAGAGGCAGGAAAGUUUACCACCGUUGCCGCCGGUGCCACAAGCUAGGGCGCGGCCGAGUCCGGGGGAAGCCACUUCAAGCUCUUCAGAAACGUCACCCGUCAAACAACAUGGUGCUGAAACUAAUGAGAAAGUCUAUCAGUUAGUCAGGAGCUUUCGCAGUACACAAAUGUCUCAUGAUGCCAAGGCUGUCGAGAUUGCCAAAGACGUCCUGCUAGAAAAGGACGCUUUGAAACUGUCCACCAUUAAGGAUAUCGUUUACAUCAGUGGAUUCCGGGUUGAGCCGAGCACUUCUGAGCUGCUGGUUGGAGAUGAGGUCUUCAUGAUCAAUGACCAGGCCGUGUCCUCGGUGGAGGAAGCCACCAAAUGCAUCCAAGCUAAUGAGGGGGAGACGGUGACUUUCUCCGUCAAAAAGAUCCCUCAUGGGGUGCUGAGCUACAUUUCAAGACCGCAGGAACCGACUAUUGAUCUCAAGAAGCUCGGGCUGACUCUUGUAGGUAACGAAGUGACGAAGUUUGAUUCGGAAGGACUGGUAGCACGUAGUGGUAUCCCUUCUCGGCAAUUGGUACCUGGCAUCACAAACAAUGGAGAGUUGGUCAACUGGGCGCUAACGCAAAUGAAUAUGAUACCAAUCUCUGUCAGCGUCACCUCUGCCCAGGUGGAGGAGAUUCUCGCGGACUGUGGUAACAACGUGGCCCUUGUUUUCCAUCCCGCUGACUUCGCAGCCGCCCUAUAACACAAUGAUGUCGAGAAUGAACACAGGCAUGACAACGAUGACAAUUGCCAUCCAUAUACAGGGUUUUUGCGAUAGCCCCCUUGUUCCUCGCACCCACCAUGUUCAUAAUUUAUAGUUUAGGAGCGGACUGGUCAUUUUUAGGGACCCCUUUUAGUAGUUUUCUUUUUUUAGCAGUGCGGUCGAAUAUUUUGGCUCGAAGGCCGAUUGAUUAUUUUUUAGUUAACGAGCCGGUGUGCAGUGUUGGCACCGAAAAUUGCGCCUUUUUUUGCGGACCGGUUUUAGCCAAUGUCCGCUUAUGAUUGAAGUACAGAUAAAGUUGAAUUAUUUAAGAUUUAUGUUGAUUGACGAUUAAUUUUUUAGGAUUCUCCUUCGUUUAUCUCUAUUACUAAACCAGAUUCGAUAUACAUCUUCAUAAUUUACACAGAUCCUGAAAUCAUUUCGAGAAGGUAAACCGCCCUCAAAACCCCCGACCCCCCCCCCCCCUCUCGCAUCGACGACCCUGAUACUGGAUAUUGUUUCUCAAUUGGUAGUUAAGAUAAGUGGCCUUCCGAGCAGUGUCAUAUCAUGAGUCCAUCAAUUGAGGGGCACAUGGAUGAUUGGGGGCACCACUUUUACUCGGAAAGUGAAAUGCGAAUUUUCAAGGCUAUGCUUGAUAAUGAGAAGAGGGUCAGGGAAGGGGUCCAGGGACCCGCUUCACAAAGCAUUUUUUCAAUGACAA